AUGGAAGGCUUGCCUUCGACCUCCUUGGAGCUGAAGAAUGGAAACCCCGCCGCGCCGGCAGUUGCAGCAACAGCAGCAGCGGCGGCACCAUCAUCAUCAUCACCACCACCAACACCAGAAGCCGUUUCCCCACGAUCCCUCCGCAGCAGCUUUCUGACACGUGUCCGGGAGAAGCUCUGCUCUUGGUGAGCACAAAAGGGCGAGCGAGCGAGGCGCUGGCACCCGAUCAAUACCGUCGAGGGUUUACAACCCGAUUUUGAGCAGACUUUUGUUAUCUUUACGCUUCCGGGCUGCGCCUUCCGUGGCGCACGUGCUUUUCUGAAGCGGCACGCGGUCGGAGCGCUUUCUGCUUUUGUGUGUGGGUACGUGGGGGGGAAUAAGGCAAAGUUCACGUGGAAAGCAAGUUUGUUCACUUUCUGGCGGAGGAAUCCUUCCUCUUGAGUAGGGUGGGUUGGAGUUGGCUGGCUGAGGUUGUGCCCUCUGCACAUGCCCAAGGCGUACUUUGUUUUUUUUGUGGUUAGUUCGUGAGCGCCACGGGGUAUUCGGACAAGAGCCUUCGUGCAUCCGCUUAAGUCUUAGUGGUUUAUGGCUGACUGAUACAGAAUAAAGAAAUUUAUUUAUUUGGGGAGUGGUGAAGCAUAUGCUAUGUAGGCAGAAUGUUCCCGGCUGAUUAUUAUUAUUUUGUGUAUGCUGCUGGCAGAGGCUCUGGAAAGUAGACAGUGGGGAAGGGCCUUGGCUGACUGGAGGAGCAUCUCCUCCGCAUGCUGCUUGAAACCUUCAAGAGCUGCUGCCAGUCAGUGUGGACAGUACUAAGCUAAGUGGGUCAAUCAUCUGACUCUGUCUAAGGCAGCCUAUGUUCCUAACAUUAGACGAUAGCCUAACCUGGCAUAAGUCAGCUUUCUACACCCUACAAACGUCUGAAGGGACCUAGAUCAGCCUGUAGGCUUCUAGACGCCCAUAUGAUGGCUGAUCAGUUUCUUUAGGGUGUGGGCAGGGGCAAACCUAGAGAUUGGUUGAGUUGGCCCUCAGCCCAAGGGCACAAAAAUCACCAUAAAAUACAUCUCCUUGCCAAGGGAGCAUAGGUACGUUGCCUCUGGGUCUGGGCUGAGAUGUUGGUGCCAGUGAACAAGAACAGAAUGCUUGCAGCUCAGUACUUGCAUGCCCCAACACCUGAGUGGCUGUUGGGUGGAGUAGCCAGAGAGGUGUUGCAACGAAAGUAGUGGAAGGCUGAUGCAUUAGGUGGUUGGCGAUUCAGUAUCGGAUGGCUGUUUUGAAUUCCAGGUUUUCUUUGCUCUGUAAGCCUUGCUCCUUUAAGUUGCAGACAGAAUAAUGGAAUAUUGGUUGUUAUUGUAAAAGAGUAUCAAAGGAGAGCCCAGCAGAAAAGUUGGCAUCUAUUUGCUUUUGCAAGAAACAGGCGGAAACUUAAUGUUUUUCCAUUGGAAUUGAUUUGGUAGUGGGGGGGGACGGUAUCUGAGUAGGAAAUUCAAUUUUUGUGGUGGGGGAGGAACCAGCUGCUGUGAAAUUGAUUGGAGGAUCUGGGGAAAAUUAAUCUUGGCUGGAAUGAAUAUUUGAAGCAUUAAUUGGAUGGUAAACUGUGUGAGAAGACAGGAGUGCCUGGCAUGCUCUGGUCCAUGGGGUCACGAAGAGUCGGACACGACUAAAUGACUAAACAACAACAACAAAACUGUGUGAACUUUGUAAAAAAAACAAAAAACUGAGGGAUUGAUUUGGGGCAUCUGGGUAGGGAGUUAAUUGAAGGAGAAAUGAUUAGUGGAUUAGCUUUGCCCACCCACCCUGCCUUGUGCUCCAUUUGUGGUUAUGGUCAAGUCACCUACCUUUCCGUCUUACUUGUUUGUCGUUGUUGAAAUGGGUUGUAGGUGCAGGAAACAUAGGUUCAGUCCACACCUCUCUCUGCCUGGUACUCCGAGAUCAUGGUCUUGAGCAACUGACUUGCUCCAUCUUGUCCAAUAUUCUGUUGUCAACAGCAGUUGGCCAAAUGUGUCUGGGAAGGUUGAAGCAUGAUGGCAGUAGCAUCCUCUUGGUCUUAAAAGGUAUAAUCGCAGGUCUGUGCACAGCACUCGGCAGGGCCUAGACGAUCAGUUGAUCAUAGAGGCUUCCCUGCAAACAGAGCUCACCUGAGGCAAAAGUGGCUGUUUGGGUGGGGCAGAACUGCUAUGCUUUUGGCAGGUAUGUCCCUGCUGCUUAUUGGGGGCAUAGCUGUCAACGUUUCCCUUUUUUAAAGGGAAAUUCCCUUAUUCUGAAUAGGAUUCCUUGCAAGAAAAGGGAAAAGUUGACAGCUAUGAUUGGGGGAGGGCAAGGCAACGGGGAUGUUGAUCUCAAGACUGGUAUGGCAAUGUGUUUUAUUGGAUCAGCUUGGUAAAUAUGCUUUUAGGACUGGAAAUUGCUUUGCUGUUAUAAGGUUGUACAGAGCGCUUUUUUUCCACCUGAAACUCAGUUCCAGCACCCCUCAGGUGGGUGCCAUUGCCUUCAUAAGAGAACAAGGGAGGUGUUCAUGGUGAGAUCCGGCACCUUUUUCUAGAAAAACAGCACUGGUUGUACGCUUAUAUGACAAUGGAAGUUGGCCUAAUGUGCCUACCUGAACUGUUACUGUCCCUCUCAUUAUAAACAGACAAUGUCAUAGCUAGAUAUUGCUGUGCUUUGUGCAAAGCUAAUGAUUUGUUGCAGCCCUUCUGUGAAGCGAAGAAGGGUUAAGCUCUUAUCCCUAUACUGGGACUUGACCAGAUUGGACUUCAGACCUGUCUCCCGCUUCUGUAUCCUUUUUUUCCUUUUUUUAAAUAGAAUUUCAAACGAUUAAACAAAUGAAUCUUACGGGGAGGAGGGUUGUCUCAGGCAGUCCUCUCCUCUCUUUCAGAGCCAAGCGAUAUAGGACAUUGAUAAAACUGCUUGCUUGAGACCUUUUGAUGGAAAUUAUUGCUCUGUAAGGUUUAAGGUCCAGGUUGCAGAGCAGAUUGCAAAGGAAUUUCUGCUUCUUAAACUGGCAGCCAAGUUUUUUCUCGUAUUAUUCUAAACGAAGAACCUUGCAUUACCUCCUGGAAGAAAGGUCAAGUGAUAUAUUUUUGCAGAAUGGCAGGCCCUUGCGUCAAAAGGCCUUCAGACUGCAACAUGUCAUUGCGGUAAGGGGAGGGAGGACAUUAUACAACAGUUUCAACUGGUGUUGAAGGCUGAGGCCUGUGAAUAUAGUGGCUACAGGUUGAAGAACAAUUAACCACAACUGAGUAGUUGUUACGUAGAUUCUGUUCUUCAAUCUGAAGAUUCCAAAUUACUGAGGUUCUGAAAUGCCUUGGCUAAAGUGGACGUACUUUUAAUCCUAGCUAAUGUUGCUUGGAAAUUUAAACCCCAUGUUAAACCCCUUCUUUCUUAAAUUAGUGGUCUUUUAAAGUACUUAAAUUAUGCUGGAUUGACCCCCAUUGUUCUUACAGCUCCCGUGACCAAAAAAAAGUUAAUUUAGGUCUUACAGUGACUAAGAGCAUGGUGAAGGACAGGGAAUUUUCUUGCACCACUCUUUUAGGACAGUGGAGGUACCUAGGACCUAAUUUUGGCCUAGUUUUAAAGGCAUUCUGCAAGUGAUCAGCUCACUUCUCGGGCAAGAGUGAUCUGACUCUCUCCUGUUGUUGUGGAGAGAAAAAAGAUUGCCCACCACUGUCUUAUGACAACAUAAGAAUUGCCUUACCAGAACAAGACAGAGGUCAGUUUAAGGCCUACACUAAAACUUAGGGCCAUAGCAACUUUCUAAAGUCUCUUUGGGAAAAGGGAAUUCAAAGUAGAGAAAUGACAGGAGGGCUUCCCACCAUUUUGUGACUCUAAAUAACAACUCCCCCCCAUUACCCCUGCAGCUUUUCCUGCCCAUGGCGGUUACUAUUAUUAUUAUUAAUUGAAUUUGUUCAUUGCUUUAUCUUGUCCCGAGCAAGUGGAGGGAGAUGCCUGGGUACUAGGAGGGUACCUGACAUUUCCACCAUCUCUGGAGGUGUCUGCCUGGGGAUCAUUGGGUCUUGACUGUUUUCAUACACUAAUCACCACAUUCUGUAGAAUUCUAUUGGUUAUAUUUUAUUCUCACAAUUGGAAUGAAUUUCAGGAACCAAAAUGCUUUUUCUGUGCAGCCUGAGCAGGGGCAGUGAACAUCAUAGUUCAUUGUGGAAUGAAUGUCCGCCAUUAAGAAAAAGAAGGUCGGAAUAGGCGAGUAGAUAUGUGGACAGUCCCUGGAUCAAGUGACUUUUCUUAUUUAAUUUCUCAAAAGUUCUUAACCUAGCUCCAAGUAGUCAUCUGAACCAGCCAGGUGUUGAACAGAGAAUCAAUCAAAGCCAGUCUGCUAUUGGAAAAACGAGAGUUUACCGUAUUUUUCGCACCAUAGGACGCACCGGACAAUAGGACGCACUUUGUUUUAGAGGGGGGAGAACAAGAAAAAAAAAUUCUCCUCCUCUCUGCCCAGCGCCCCUUCAGCAAAGUGGCAGGAGGCGCUGUGCAGAGAGGGGAAGAACUUUCCCCCUCUUGUUUUCCCACUCUAAAACAAGGUGCCGAUUAAGGUGCGUUCAGGCGGCUACCUUGGAAGCCUGGAGAGCGAGAGGGUCGGUGUGCACUGACCCUCUCGCUCUCCAGGCUUCAGGUUCCUUCGACCUGCUCUUUGGGGCUGACGGGGGGAAGCCCACCACCAGCCCCAAAGAGCAGGUCGGAGCAGCGGAAAGGCGCAGCGGAGAGGCUCCUGCCAUAGCCGUGCGUCACCUCUUCAGCCGGGAGAGGGUUGCGAGGCUAUGGCUUCUUUAGCCCCGCGCGCGCUCUCCUGGCUGGAGAGGUGAUGGGCGGCUAUAGAGGCUCCUGCCAUAGCCGCGCGUCACCUCUCCAGCCGGGAGAGGGUCGCGGGGGGCUGCUUUAGCCCCGCGCGCGCUCUCCCGGCUGGAGAGGUGACGUGGGGCUGUAGAGGCUCCUGCCAUGGCCGCGCGUCACCUCUCCAGCCGGGAGGCGCGCGCGGGGCUAAAGCAGCCCCGCGCCCCUCUCCCCGCUGGAGAGGUGACGCGCGGCUAUAGAGGCUCCUGCCAUAGCCGCGCGUCACCUCUCCAGCCGGGAGGGGGUCGCGGGGCUAUGGCGUCUUUGCUCGAUAGGACGCACACACAUUUUCCCUUCAUUUUUGAAGGGGAAAGAGUGCGUCCUAUAGAGCGAAAAAUACGGUAGAUCUUGUCUUACCCCAAAAUGGCAACUAGACAUUCCAUUUUGGCCACUGUAACAUUGGUUUAAGGAGCCAUUUGGUGCCUGUUUAACGUAUCUGAGUUUCUAACACUGUUCCUGUUCUUGAUCUCUCAUCAGCUCUAUCCCAUUGACCAUGAUCCAAACCUGGACCAGAGAAUAACAUUGGGAGAGUGCUUUUCAAUGCCCUGGAGAUUACAUAAUGGGGUACUGCAGGGCACUAUCUUAUAUUCAAUGCUAUUUAAUGUCAAUACGAAACUGCUGAGAGUGGUCAUUAGGAGUUUUAGGGAAAGGUGCCAUCAGUAUGUUGAUGACACUCAGCUCUAUUUCUCCAUAGCAUCUGAAUCGGGAGAGGCCAUGCAGUCCCUUGGACUGGUGCCAGUGAUGAGAUGAAGGAGAGGAAAACAAGCUGAGCUUGAAUCCUAGCAAGUCACAGGCGCUGUGGCCAAGUGCCUGAGAAACUGGUCAAUUGCCUCCCCUAGAUAGGGUUGCAUUCUCCUUUUUUUGGAGGAGCAGGUUUGCAGUCCGGGGAUGCUUCUGGAGCCGACUUUGUCACUGGAGGCCCAAGUAGUCUUAGUGGCUAGAAGUGCCACUAGUACAGCAGCUACAGCUGUUCCUGGAUUGGCCACACUGGUUUGUGCAAUGGUUUCUUCAAGAUUGGGCUACUGCAAUGCACCCUAUGUGGGGCUUCCUUUGCAGUUCACGCAGAAUGCUGUGGCAUGGUUGCAAACAGGAGUGAGAGCCUGCCAGCGCAUAACACAUUGCUCAGAUAGGUUGCUGAUUUGCUCCCAGACUGUUCAAGGUGUUGCUGUUAGUCAUUUGUGUUGAAUGGUUUUUAAUAUUGAAUUUUAAAUUAUUGUGCCACACCUUGGGAUCGGAUGGUGAAGGGUGGGUACAACAACAAUGUGAGACUGUUCAACUUCCAUUUAGCACUUAUCGCAGUCCUGAUCGUAAUAAACAGCUUAAUUAUAUCUUCUCUCAUUUUGAUCAGGUAGGAGGAGUUCUUUAACAGAAUCCAGUGCAAAUAUUAGCAGGUGCAUGGGAAAAUCACCUGUCAUCAGCUUCCAUCCAAAAUAUAUUGAAUUUACUGCAACUCCACAAGUUCUCUUGCCAUUUGUACAUGCGGCACUUCUGGAGUAAAAGCAACUCUUAAGUUAAUUUAGGCUUCAGGCACAACAGUUGAGCGUCCUCUUAAUUUAUUAACGCCUGCCUGGAUUGCCAUUAACGUAACGGUUAAAACAUUUACCUGCAGUCACACUUUCAUGUCUCGCAGUGUGAGUUAAUAAACUCGCUUGGCUGCUUUGUGAGCUAGAAGAGUGAACUGACUGCCUCUUUGGCAAUGUUUCUGAAACGUCGCUGUGGCUUACUCAUUACUUCUUAAUUUUCUUUAAAAUUGAGCAGACUAAAGCUCUCUUAAACAGAAGAGCAGCCUGAAAACUUGAAUUUCAUAGAGUUUUAGCCUGAUUGGGAUUGCUUCCCAAAGUGACAGCAAGGUGAUAAACAGGCAAUUCAUUGGAAAGUGGAUGAUGCCUCUAAACCGCAGGAGAUGGUUUACUUGGUGUGAGCCAAAGCUGCUGCAGUAUAUGAGUGAAUAUCAGAAAAAUGCAGGUAGGUCAGGCUUCAUCGGACUUCCCCACCUGUUCACCAUCUGGCCAGCAGUUGGAAGGGAGAGAAAUGGAGGACCCACCUGAUUAGCCUGCCUGAUUUUCAUACAUACUGCAGCAGUGUGGAAUAAAACUGCUGAAAUGAGGCCUGUGCCAUUGGAGUGUGUACAGUGGUACCUCGGAUUAAGUACUUAAUUCGUUCCGGAGAUCCGUUCUUAACCUGAAACUGUUCUUAACCUGAAGCACCACUUUAGCUAAUGGGGCCUCCCACUGCCGCCGCACCGCCGGAGCCCGAUUUCUGUUCUUAUCCUGAAGCAAAGUUCUUAACCUGAAGCACUAUUUCUGGGUUAGCGGAGUGUGUAACCUGAAGCUUAUGUAACCUGAAGCAUCUGUAACCCGAGGUACCACUGUAUUUUCAGAAUGGACGAUGGUGCCAUUGGUAAGGAGGGCAUUCAGACAUUGAGGCAGAGCCAAGGAGGUGCAACCCCCAUUUAUUUAUCUAUCUAUCUAUCUAUCUAUCUAUCUAUCUAUCUAUCUAGCAAUUAUUUGCAAAGAUUUAUAUACCACCAUUAAGGAGGGUAGGGGAAUACCAUGGCAGUGAGUGAACAAAGCAUAAAUUUGUCAAUAAAAUUGCAUUCGUAAGACAAGUACAAAAUGCCUCACAAAUCAGUAGAUCAGAUUAAUACAUCAUCAUGUAUUACCCCUCAGGGAAAGCCUGGAUGAGUUUUAAGCAGGCGCCCAAGUGCCAGAUCUGCAGGAGCCUGCCUGACAUUCAUUGGGAGCGCAUUCCAAGGGGCAGGUUCUGCCACACUGAAAGGACAUAAAUCGAACCAUUGGAUCACAAGCCACUACUAAGAGUGUCUCUCCCGAGGAAUGAAAUGACUGGGCAGGAGUAUACUAUACAUGAGACAACUAAUGAGCGGGACAAGCUUUUGUGGCCUGUGGCCGGCGGAAUAAAUCAAAGCCAUGCGUUGUAGAACUAAAUGUCUGCCUGAGAUCACUGCCAUUACCUCAUCCCAGAAAGGAGCCAAAGCAAUUAAUCUUUACUGUCUUCGUAAAGCGGGCCAGAGAGAUGCAUCCAAGUGCUUGGGAGGGGAAGGUUAUUUUUCUUUUAUUUAUAGGCUGGUAAAUAAUAGAUAAGAACAGUGGUAAUCAAUAGGCAUCCCAGUAGCACAAUUAGGGGAAUUAGUGGAGAGGGAGAUGCUGGUUACGCAUGUGUGUUUUCUGUUCUUUCCAUGUGGAAAACUAAAGUUUUUGCCAUCGGCGUUCCACACCGUGCUUCUAAAACCCUAUAAAAGGUUAUUUAAUUCCACACAUUUGCCUUUAAUAACAUGCAUUCUCAUUAUUAAUCAUUUAUCCAGCACCUCAGAUAGUUGCCAUUUUAUCAUCUAUUAAUCUUGCUAUUGAUUGUUUUCUGCAGGCGAUGACAAGUUUGUGCUGCGAAAUGUCUUUUACAUAGCCUAGCAAUACGUGCAAAAUCUGAACCCCCUCCUUAAUUAUGGUUAAGAAACCACUGCUGCCCCCAAAGCUACACAACUGUGAGUGAUUAACACUCGACUGCUCUCUCUGGUGAUUUUAACUCUUCUGUGAUUCAGUAAACAAAGGCUUAAGUGAUUGUGAAUCAGGCACCUGAAGUUUUACUAUGGUUCACAUUAAAUCAUGAUUUUACUAGGACCUUGGGAAGCCAGGGUUGAGAUCCUCACUCAGCCAUGAAAUUCAUGUUCUCUAAACUAACCUACCUAACUACCUCACAGGGUUGUUGGAAGGAUAGCAUUGAGAGGGAGAGAACCACUUUCUUUGGAUGAAAGGUGGGAUAGAGAUGUGGUGAUGAUGCUUAUGUGGUGUUAAAGAAAAUGUAUUUGGCCCUGUGACUUUCAUUUCACUGCUGAAUUCCCUGGCCUACAACCUACCAAAUAAAAAGCAGCACAUUGUUGGAUGAAUUGUGGGCCUGUUGAGUGCUUCAGCAGACAUACACAGUGUUAGAAACUCAGAUAUAUAAGCUAGGUGUCAAAUGGCUUCUUAAAUCAUGGUUACAAUCGCCAAAACAGAAUGACUAGUUGCCAUUUUGGGGCCAGCUGGCUCGAAAAUUGUAUUUUUGCAAUAUGACUUUUUGGUUCCUGAAAUUCAUUCUGAUUCUACAGAUAAAAUAUAACACAUAGAAUUCCAGAGGAUGUGUUGCUAGUGUGUGAAAACAGUCAAGAUCCAAGGAUCCCCAGGUAUGCAGCUCCAGAUGGUGGAGAUGUCAGGAACUAUCCUGGUACCCAGGCAUCUUCACUUGGUCAAUAGCCAGGUUCAAAAUGCACCUGGUGAAAUGUGAAUGCUGAAGACACUCACGGUCUCUCUCUUUUGCAAAAGGAAAUGCUUGUGCUACCAUACAUGUUUGAUAGGCUGAGAACAUUUUGAUAGGACAUAUUGCACAGGCUUGCAGUUUGUGUCUUGUAUUAUAUUUGUUUGUUUACCUCUUUAUCGGUUACUUUAUACCUUUUGAAGCUUUUAACGUGUCAUAAUUAUAGUGUCACGGUCCGCCUUUUGAACUUUCGACUGAAAUAACCCCUGUCGUUUCAAUUACUGUAUAAACUUCUCUGGCAGCUUCCUAGGAAUGAAUUAGAAAUAUGUAUGCUACGUAAAUAAGUUUAAAUGGCAGCUCUUGAGUUUAAAGUAAUGAAUUCGCAGGUCGGUUUGCAGUGACUCUGUAGUUCGUUAUACACAAUAAAAAGCAUAAGGAAUCUGUUGGAGCAGCUCUUGAACCUGUGAGGUGCUGAGCAAUGCGAUGUGGAAAAAAUUUCUGUGGAAAAAAUUUUGGUUUCUAAAGUAACAGUGGAUGGAUGCCAAGUGCAAGUACAGUAUUAGGCAAACUUGGCGGAUUCAAAGUGUUUAGCUAUGCUUGACGCAAUGUGAAUAAAAAAAAUUGUCACUGUGAGCUGAUGGGUUUGUUUUAGUUCUGUGGUGGUUUGUCUUUUCCUGUUCUUUAUGUGUCUCCCCCCCUUUAUUUCCCCCCUUUAAUACAUUUGCAGUAUAAAUAAAUAAAUAAAUAAAUAAAUAAAUAAAUAGCUAAACCAGAUCAUUCUGUUGGGCAAUGGUGAAGAACCCGUGGGCCUUCAGACGUGGCCAGUUUGCUCAGUGGUCAGCGAUGGUGGCGCUAAUGUCUAACAAAAUUUAGAGGGUCACAGGCAUGAUUUUUCUUGGUGCAGUUACGCUUCACUUGCUGACGUGAGGUAACCGAAGCAGCUCCCAAUUAUUGGCAUGUGGUUAAUAAUAAUAAAAAUGCAUGAAGAAUAAUAAUGGUCCUCUAAACUUUUCUCAUUCGCAGGCAUAUUGUGAAAACGCUAUUCUUGGGUCAGAUACUUUCGCUGUUCAUAUGUGGGACUGCGGUGACAAGCCAGUACUUGGCCGACAAGUACCAGGUCAACACUCCAAUGCUGCAGAGUUUCAUCAACUAUUGCCUGCUUUUCCUCGUGUACACAAUGAUUCUGGCCUUCAGAAAAGGUACAAGUGGGACCCGCCACAGAAUUGUGGAGUACAGUGGGACCUUGGUUCUCAAACUUAAUCCGUUCCGGAAGUCCGUUCCAAAACCAAAGCGUUCCAAAACCAAGGCACGGUUUCCCACAGAAAGUAAUGCAAAAUCCGUUCCAGACUUUUAAAAACAACCCCUAAAACAGCAAUUUAACAUGAAUUUUACUAUCUAACGAGACCAUUGAUCCAUAAAAUGAAAGCAUUAAACAAUGUACUGCAGUCACACAAUCAAUCAGUAGCUGAACUGGGUUCCACACAGUCACAAAAACAAAACAAAAAGAGCCGCAAAAACGCAAAAUAAAUAGCAAAAACAGACAGACCUCAGCAUCACACUUAAAACGGAAGUGUGGAACUCAAAACGGAAGUGUGGCACUCAAAUCAGAAGCAUAACACUCAAAUUGGAGCACGUUUGGCUUCUGAAAAAAGUUCACAAACCGGAACACUUACUUCCGGGUUUGCAGUGUUUGGCUUCCAAGUUGAGUACCAAGGUAUUUGAGAACGAAGGUACCACUGCAUUCUUGUUCCAGUCAGUCAGCCCAUGUCCAGGAUUCUCCAUGCCAUUUAAAAAAAAAAACCCUGAUGUUUAGAUUUUAUUUAUUUAUAUAGCAAGAUUUAUACACCGCAUCAUUUUUUCAAAAUUCUCGUAAGAAGUUUACAUAAAAUAGUGUAAGAGAAAUACUCAUAAGAAAAAGAGCAAUAAAAUAAACAGGCUUUAAAAACAAGUAUACAUAAUAUAUGUUAUCACAAUAUGGAUAAAAUAAAAUAGAAGUAAUGUUUCAAAACAUUAUUUGUGGAUUGGUCAUUUUUUAUUACGAUUUUUACUGUUAGUCAGGUUGGGUGGAGUUUGUUCUUUUUCCAGUGGAAAGGUGAACUGUAAACGUAACCGCUAAAUAAACUUUUAUUGUUUAUCAUUUUAUAUCGGUAGAAGAUAUUGGUACUCCACUUUUCCCUUAGUAAAACUAGACAAUAAAAGCACUGUAUUGUAAAAUAAAAAAGAACGACAAAUAGAAAUGAGUGGUGGCUAAUAAAAAAAUGUAAAAUUAAUAUUAUUAUUUAUUAUUAUUAUUAUUAAUUUAUUAUUUAUACCCCACCCGUCUGGCUUGGUUUUCCCAGCCACUCUAGGCGGGGAAAAUAUCAAAACUUGUCUGGUCAAACGCUUGUCAAAAAGAAAAGUUUUCACAUGGUGAUGCAAAGCUGUUGGAGAAUGGGUAAGGUAGGCCUCUCUGAGGAGCUUUGGAGCAUAGUUCAGCCCUCGAGAAGGAUGCCUCCUUGGUCAAAUAGAGUCAUGUGUCAGACCAGGGUUCAAAUCUCCAUUUGGCCACAAAGCUCGCUUGGUGACCUUGGAUCAGUCGCCAGCUCUCUGCCAAAUUUACCUCACAGGCCCAAAGAUGGAGAGGGGGCAAAGCGCAUAUGUCACUGUGGGUUCCUUGGAGGAAAUAAUAAUAAAACUAUCAAAUGUAACUUGGAUUCUUUGGGGGACACAGAGGGAGCUUCUGCAGAAGAGAUGGACCAGAGAGCAGACCCAUGCCUAAAUGCUGACAUUUGUGUUUUGCUUUCUCUCCAGAUGACGACAACCUCUGGCAGAUCCUGCGAAGGAAAUGGUGGAAGUACAUUUUGCUUGGAUUAGUUGACGUUGAAGCCAACUACUCCAUCGUCAAAGCCUACCAGUAUACCACCCUAACAAGUGUCCAGGUAGAAUAGAGAGCAAAGAGUCUUGUUACACUUUAAAAAUGAGUGUGUGUGUGUGUGUGUGUGUGUGUGAAGAGCCACCGAUAAACGAGUGUGAUGUAUUGGUCAGAGUGAUGGGCUAGGCCUAGGGAGACUUGAUGCUUUAAAUCGCCAACCAGCCUCUUGAAGUUGACUGGGCCAGUCAAGUUCUCUCUCAGCCUAACCUACCUCAUGGGGUUGUGGUGAGGAUAAAAUGGAGGUGGGGAGAAGCUCCUUCAAGGAAAGAUAGGGGUGUAAAUAGAACGAGUGGACAGUGAAGAUGCUCAGUGUCAUCACAUAAUCUCGAGACUGUGUAGGACUGUUUUACACAGGAGAGAUGUAAAAAACCCCCACAAAUGAGCAUAAGUGGGGAUUUGAACUGUGGCCUCCCAGGAUCCUACUCCAGCACUGUUUCAAUGUUUGAGGGUAAAUAUCCAACAGAGUCCUGUCUAAAAUCAGGACAGCAGUGAUUACCCAAUUCAUCCGUUAGAAACCUUUUGGUAGAUUAAAAAGGUGUCCCCUAGUUAACGGGGCAGCAGAUGCAUUUUCUGAAAACUGGCUAAUGACUUUUAAUACAAAUACUUAGAAAACAUCCUCUCCAGCUCAAAACAUCCUCUCCAUGGGAGUCUUCCAGCUGCUUUCUCUGGAUAAAAGAUACCUUUUUGCUUCGUCUGGUUGUUUUCAAUUUGAGGAAGUAUUUUUGUAGAUUUUGAGGCUUGAUAAUGGUGAGAUGCUCGCUGCUGUUUCCUGGUAAUUAAGGCUACAGCAAUUCUUGGUAGGCCCCACUGGGAGUGAGCACCAUUGAACUCAGUGGGACUUACUUCUGAGUAAACAUGUGUAGGGCCAGGCUGUAGAAGAAACAUAAUGCAAACAUUGCAACUUCUGUCACCUUAGAUAGAGAUCCAUGAGGGGGUGGCCCCUGUGGAACAAGCUGACGCCAGCAGAUCGUUUAAAGGCAAUGUUGUUUGCCACCAACCUGGCUGUCACUGUUAAAAAUAGCUACAGUGCCACCCCUAUUGCUGUCUCUCCUUGAACAGGGUGAACGGAUCAAGCAGCGAAUUCCAGAUAUUAUUCUGUGGGUCAGUGAUGCUACAGGAGGGAGACAUAUUUCAGUGUAUGUAUGUGUGGAGGGAGGGGGGGAGUAGAGCAGGGCUGGUUUAACUAUCAACAUCCCAGACAAUGCUGUUGUUCUAAAUAUAUUCUAAGCAUGAGGGGUACCUUAUGCAUCAGGAAUAAGUGUUGCUGCCCCAUCAUCUAAACUGCUUGGCUAGUUUCGACCUUGUUUAAUUUACUGAUGUCUUCCCAUGGAUUGGAAACUUCUUAGAGACUUUUUGCAUUUAAAAGAAAAUGAAGUUAUGAUAUCUGGGCUUGAAGAAUGAAGAUAAUGUUGGUUUACAGAAGGUGGAUUUGUUGGGUGUUAUGUUGGAGUGCAUGCGUUGAAUAAUUCUGUAUUAUUACUGCUGACAGAUGAAGAAUUGGAAGUUCCUCUUUCUUUUUCUUUCCCUCUUCCCCCAUUUUUCCUUUCUUUCUUAUUUUCUUCUUCUCCCUCUUACUUAGGCAUAGGCAAACUUGGCCCUCCAGAUGUUUUGGGACUCUACAACUCCCAUCAUGCCUAGCUGACAGGACCAGUGGUCAGGGAUGAUGGGAGUUGUAGUGCCAAAACGUCUGGAGGGCCAAGUUUGCCUAUGCCUGCUCUUACUGCUCUGUGUUUUUAUUUAGAUCAUUUAGACUAGCUUUUUAGUCUUGAUAUAAAGAUAUCCGAUAUGAAUCUUUUGUAUUUCUUUCCAAAUUUCAUUUUUUAAAAAUUUGAAUAUUUGCUACCUGGAGGAGUUAUUAGUCCUCAUGUGCCUUCCUUUUUAUGACCGGACUGUAUGCCUUUCUGUACACGGCAGCUCCUAGACUGCUUUGGGAUUCCUGUGCUGAUGGCUUUAUCGUGGUUCAUCCUCCGCGCAAGAUACAAACUGAUCCAUUUCAUUGCGGUUGCUGUCUGCCUGUUGGGAGUAGGCACCAUGGUCGGUGCGGACGUGUUAGCUGAGAGGCACAAUGGGGAAGGUAAGGGCUGGAGAAAAUGUCAUGGUGAAAUGCAAAAAACAUUGUGUCCAUGGGAGAGUCCUCUCUGAGUGUUCAAAUCCUUCCUCUGAAACAGAUUUUCAGUAAUUCCAGAAUACGUCAAGUAUUUCUGCUUCGAGGAAAUAAUAACCAUGUUAUUGUUCCUAUGGGGAAAUAUACGGGCGGGAUUCAGGUAAGCUGUUGAAUGCACAGAAUGAGGCCCUCUUACGCAAUGGCAUUCCUCCUUCCCCCUGUGAAUCGCCUCACACCCCCUAAGUCUGCUCCUGGAGGAUUGGGGAGGGGGGAACGCAGAAAAGGUUUGGGGCAGGAGGGGGGUCUUGCAUUUAGUACUGUGUUGAAUUCCAAUCAGUGUUCUUUGCUGCUCUGUGCUUAGUUGAGAAAGCCUGAAUUCUGAAGUGCUAGGGCUUUGGGUAUCACUGGCUGAAAAAUAAAAAGAUGCAUGGAAUCGGAAUGCCUGAAAAUGUGUUGCUGACUACUGCAUGGUUCUGAAAUGUAUAUUCUGGCUUGGAUGCUAAGGUAAGGAAGUUCACAGAGGCAAAGGUUUCUGUCUCUCUCCCCUUGGAGCCUUCCUGAAAAAUGUAGGGUCGGGCAUGUAGGGGGCUGGGGGAAUGGGAGAGGGCAGGAAACCUUCCACAAACUUUCUUGAGUUAACUUAUGUACAUCUCUCCCCAUCUUUAUAUUCUUUUAGAUUCCAGGUAAAACACCACCUUUUUUGUUGGGCUUUCAGAGUCUGAUAGGAUAAGUAAUUUUUCUAUUAUUACUAAUUAUGCAGUUCAUGAGAACUGGUGUAAUCUUUCUGUUUUGUUAGGGUUUCAUGUUACCCUGUUUUUGUUAACUGCCCUGUGAGUAUUUUUGGCAAAGGACAGAAAUCUCUAAAGAAAGUAAUAAUCCUAAAAUCCAAGACUCUGAAAUUUGAUUAAUACACACACACACACACAAUUUAUGUUCUGCUUAAUCAACAAAACCUCUAGGCAGUUUACAUAAAAUACACUUUAAAAUCCCCAGUAAGAUCAGAUGUUAAAGACAAGCUUUCCUAAAAACAAUUAUUUAGCAGGAUAUACCACCGCCCCUCCCUGCCCCUGCUGUAUGGCCACGGGUGGGACAUUGCUAGCUUUUUUCUUAUUUUAUAGGGCAGGAAAUUUAGCUCAACAUUUCAGAUAUAUUGGGGGUCUAGUCUCCCAGAGUCAUUUCCAUUAUCUUGGGUCUUCAAACAAAGCCUGUUGUGUUCUGUUCUGUUGGAGAACUUCCUGUCUCCUACCUUGUGGUAGGACAGGCAGGUAUUAUAAAUGAAAUACUUCAAUAAAUGAAUGUCUGAAGCUACCUUAUGCAGAGUCGGGAUUGGCCUGGUGAGCAUCCGAUGCAGUGCUGACAAUACCUCAACUACCAUAUUUUUUGCUCUAUAAGACUCACUUUUUCCCUUCUAAAAAGUAAGGGGAAAUGUGUGUGCGUCUUAUGGAGUGAAUGCAGGCUGCGCAGCUAUCACAGAAGCCAGAACAGCAAGAGGGAUUGCUGCUUUCACUGCGCAGCGAUCCCUCUUGCUGUUCUGGCUUCUGAGAUUCAGAAUAUUUUUUUUCUUGUUUUCCUCCUCCCAAAACUAGGUGCAUCUUGUGGUCUGGUGCAGACCACAAGCGAAAAAUACGGUAUUUCCUUGUUGAAUGGAAAUGUACUGAGCAUGCUUUCAUAAUGAUGGCAUCUCCUUUUAUGGAUUUGGGCGAAGGCUUGCUUCCUACCACAGUACCUGCAACCUAGCUAUGAUCUCUGUCAGAUCUUUCUCACCUGCCAUUCAGGCUCCACUGGUUUGCUCCAGUUGGAGAGUCUAUCCUAGAUUUGAAGCCACUCUGCUCAGAAAGGCCCAGAGUUUCCUGGCAAAUCUCCAGAGCCUCUCAACAGCAGUGUGAGAGGCAGAAAUCCACAACCCGGCCAUGCCAAUAGGAAAAACUUCACUUGCAUCAAAUUCUGCUGGCUAAAGCAACAGGAGCCCUGCCAGGGUGAAAAAGCUUGCGUCUCUAAUAAGAGCAGCAUUUUUUUAGCAUUGAUUCAAUAUUGAGCAAGAUCCCACAACUGGAUCAUGUUACAGCUAGUAAAACAGUUCUAAAUCCCGGGGCCUCCAAAAGCAAACCGAAAAAGGGUCUGUCAUACUCUUAGCAUCCAUUUAGGAAUUUACUGAGAACUUACGGAGAUCGAUGUAUUGAUUUUUUUUACAAAAGGGCUAAAUUAGGCUGUUAAUGUAAGAGGGGGAACUUAAGGUCUUGUUCUUCCCUUAACUACAUUUUGCUUGGUUUCCUAAAGUGCCCAACUAACAGGUAGUACAUAUUGGUCUGAAAAUAAGUUGCCCACAAAUGUAGGCCGCACCGCGAAACAGAGAUCUUUUUCAAAGGCAGCAAAGCAAUAUAUCCUGACCCACAAUAAACAUAGGCUUACACCCCAAGCCAGGUUUGGGGUGGGGUGGGGUGGAGUCCAGUCUAUAUCCUGACCAGUACAGUACAUUCCACAAAACCAUGUUUCAGAAAAGAAGGUUUUGUUUAGAAUUCAGAUUUCCCCAAAGAUGUGAUGGUCAGCAGCAGACGAAGACUUGUUUGAAGCAGGCCGACUACAAACCAUGAUACAGUGGUACCUCAAGUUACAUACGCUUCAGGUUACAGAUUCUGCUAACCCAGAAAUAUUACCUCGGGUUAAGAACUUUGCUUCAGGAUGAGAACAGAAAUCGUGCAGCAGCGGCGCAGCAGGAGGCCCCAUUAGCUAAAGUGGUGCUUCAGGUUAAGAACAGUUUCAGGUUAAGAACGGACCUCCGGAACGAAUUAAAUUCUUAACCCGAGGUACCACUGUAUAUAAUUAACCACAGUGUAGAGUUCUUCACAGUGAGACCUUUGGGUAUAGGGCGGUGUAGAAAUAAUAAUAAUAAUAAAUAAUAAUAAUAAUAAAAGUUCAGACACAAAUGUGGGCGUUAAUUGGAAGUACAGAGUUGUAUUUAGUGCUAUGUGCAUAGAGUUCCACCAGAGCAGUGAGACUUCUUUUCCCCACUCCAAAUCUGCUCCAGCCUACCCACCCACCCCCCGUUGGAGCAGAUUUUGAUGGUGUGUGGAGGCUGGAGAAAGGAGGAGGAUGUUCCAUUGCACAAGCAAGUCUGCUGUUGCUCAAGCAGAACGACAGCAUUGGAUAAAACAAAGAAACUUCUGAUCUCCUUGUGGCAGGUUUUUUUUUUUUUUUACCAUGAUAAACUAUGGUUUAUGAACUAUGGUUUAUCAUGAAGUCCAAACACAGUCAUGUCUUCUGAGCUGAAAAUAGAUUCUGUGGCAAGUACCCGACACACUUUCUUAAAUACUCCAGUAGUUGCCAAUGUGGUGUAGUAGUUAGACCAUUGGACUAGGACCUGGGAGACCUGGGUUCAAAUCCCCAUUUAGCCAUGACGCUCACAGGGUAGUCACAAUUGCUCACUCUCAGCCUAAGCUACCUCACGGCAUUGCUGUGAAUAUAGAAAAUGGAGGAGGAGAACUUGAGCUCCUUGGAAGAAAGAAUAAAUAGUUGGAAAAAUGAUCUGUGUGCUUAUACCUGAUUUUGCCAUUAAAAAUGCCUGCAAGUUGGAUUUUACAGCAGCCUCCCUCUUUUUGUGCUUGUCAAUUUAUAUUUUCUGUGCAGGUACCGACGUGGUGAUCGGCGAUGUCUUAGUCCUCCUUGGUGCUUCCUUAUAUGCCAUUUCGAAUGUGAGUGAGGAAUACAUUGUGAAAAAUCUGAGCAGAGUGGAGUUUCUAGGAAUGGUGGGCUUGUUUGGGACUAUUAUCAGCGGUCUGCAGCUGUAAGGAUCUAUUAUACGUACUUUAAUUCUAAAUAAGAAAACAAAAAACCUCCUGCAUCACAGAAUGAUUUCUUCCUUUCCAUGAAUUGGUGGGUGUGUUAUUAGUAAUCCAUUGCUAGCAUUGCCAUUAACCUGUUCAAGAACAAAGGCGUCUUGUGGGGUUGCCAGGAUGCAACCUGGAGAAGACCUUUACAUUAAAAUUUUCUCCCAAAUUGGGAGACUAGGCAGACAUCGCUUCUCUUACUCAUCUCCCCACUUCGCUCCACCAUCUCUUUCAUUUGCUUACCUCUUCUAUCUUCUGUAUCAAAAAUAACAUAAAGUUAUAGGGUGGGAUCUCUGGGUUGUGACCUGCACCCUUAGGCAUCAAAGUAUUUACCUGAUUUGUUCUUCUCGUACCUGGUAUGUCUUUAACUUUCUUUUUGUGGCUUACGUGCUGUCCAUGCUGUCCCUUGAAAUGCCAAAUUCUGUAAAUGAUUAUUCAUGCAAAUUAUCUCCUUGACUUUCAAUGAACUAGAUGUAGGAUUAAAGACAAUCUUGGGAUUAAUCAUUUCUGGGCCGAGAUCUUGUUUUUCUGGGUCACGUUGCCAUCUUUUUAGAGACAAGAGUUUUUGCAUCUUUUACAGUUGAGUGGUAAGCACAAACCCAACACUUCUUCCCAUUGCUUCAUCUCUCCAUGCUGAGAUCAGUUCACCUGACCGACUUCUGCCCAUUAUAGUAGUGUUGAAAGGCACCAUUGUCCGUAGAAAAAGUGACCACCCUAUUUUGGAAAUGCAUCUUUCCAAUGAAACCUGAAGCUAUGGUGUUGAUAGUUGGCAAAGGGCCCUUAAUUGUGUUUCUUAAAGUAAUCCCAUAUGCUGAUGGUGAACUCAUUCUACAAGUAUUGAUCCUUAUGUGGCCGAAAAUGCACCAUCCAUGCGCGAAAGGGCAGUAUGACAGGCUCUAGGAAGGACCAAGGUUUGCAUAAGUACCGUAUUUUUCGUUCCAUAGGACGCUCCGUCCCAUAGGACGCACCUACUUUUUUGGGGGGGAAAUAAAGGAAAAUUUUUUUCCCUUUAUUUCCCCCCCAAAACCAGGUUGGGGAACAGUGGGAUGGCGGCGCUGCGCCUCCCCGUUGUCCCCCGAGCUUGUGGGGCUGGCCGAUGUCUGCCUGGUGUGAGGGGCGCUCUGCUUCAGGGCGCCCCAUGAGCCGGGCGGCAGGCUGCAGACACCUGCGCGAAGCACGGGGCGUCCUCCGGAGGGCGCCCCGUGCUCCGCGCUGCAGGCUGCUGCCCGCAAGCCUUGCGCUCCCGAGGCAGAUCCCCGGGUGGCAUGGCUUGCCGACCCCUGCGGGAAGCAGGGGGCGUCCGCCGGUGGGCGCCCCGCGCUCCGCGCUGCAGGCUGCCGCCCGCAAGCCGUGCGCGCCCGGGGGGGAUCUCCCCCCGGGUGCGCAAGGCUUGCGGACACCUGCGCGAAGCACGGGACGUCCUCCGGAGGGCGCCCCGUGCUCCGCGCUGCAGGCUGCCGCCCACAAGCCGUGCGCGCCCUGGGGGGAUCUCCCCCCGGGUGCGCAAGGCUUGCGGACACCUGCGCGAAGCAUGGUGCGUCCUCCGGAGGGCGCCCCGUGCUCCGCGCUGCAGGCUGCCGCCCGCAAGCCUUGCGCUCCCGGGGGGAGAUCCCCCGGGUGCGCAAGGCUUGCCGACACCUGCGCGAAGCACGGGGGUCCUCCGGAGGGCGCCCCGUGCUGCAGGCUGCUGCCCGCAAGCCUUGCGUGCCCGGGGGAACUCCCCCCGGGUGCGCAAGGCUUGCAGAUAGCUUCCUGGAGCCUGGAGAGCGAGAGGUGUCGGUGCGCACCGACGCCUCUCGCUCUCCAGGCUUCAGCGAAAGCCUGCAUUCGCCCCAUAGGACGCACACACAUUUCCCCUUCAUUUUUGGAGGGGAAAAAGUGCGUCCUAUAGAGCAAAAAAUACGGUACAUAGGAAUGGAAACCCUUCCCCCUGCCCCAAAAAUAUCCAGUGAAGACCAAGCAUGCUCAGUGGGCACAGUUUGCUUAACUGACAGUGGUGGGGGUGGAAACGGGAUGGAAAAUUAGAGCAGAAUGAAAUUGAGUUUUCUGGAAGAAGGCAUCACUGUUUUAACUGGAACACUGAACAGGAGAAGUCCACACACUGAGAUAGCUUAGUCGGUAGAGUAUGAGACUCUAAUCUCAGGAUCAUGGGUUUGAGCCCCAUGUUGGGCUAAAUAUUUCUUCAUUGCAGCGGCAGUUGGACUAGAUGAUUCUGGUGGCCCUUUCCAACUCUGCUAUUCUAUGACACUGCAACAUUUUGCUGCAGGUCCCAUUUUGUAUAACCAUCUAGGCAUUAAAUGCACCUUUAAAAAAAUAAGUGUUUAUCUACAGCGGUUGAUGAAUUAGUUCCAGCCAAGAAGAAUAUUAUGCAAACAUGCCUUUGAAUGAGACAGUAUUGAUUCUCCCAAGGGAGUGAUUCAAUUACCAUUUUAAUCCCACAGAGUUAACUAAGGCCAAAUAUGACCUGGUAGUUGUUAAUGGAUCAACAAGAAAAAACAUGUUUCAAUUAUUAAACUCUGCUUCUUGAUCAGGCAAACACUGCAGUCGCUAGAAACAAGUGGCAGUAGGCCUGUGUGCUGAUUGCAGCCUUGGGGCUAUUUUAUGGGUUUAUAUUAAAAUCCUGAAGAUAUUCUUAGCAGGGUCCUAAUACUGCUGGUCACUGCCUGGAGAUCAGCACUGGCCCUUAAGAUUCAGCAAGGAGACAGCCUGCUUCAGCUUUUCUUGGAUUGCUGAUGUUGUUUUUUUGGAUUAUUAUGCUGUCUUUUGAUUGUUUUACUGAAGUUUGUUAGCUGCUUCUGCGGCUCCAUCAAGCAGACGAAAGGUGGAAUAUAAUAAUUUUAAUAAAAUAAAUAGCCGAUAAAGUGGGCUUCAGUCAACACAGUUUCAGGUGGAACAUUUCCUCUCGUUCCAGUCACUACUUGUGUAGCCCAAAUGGUGUCACCCAUACAUAAGAGGGAAAUAUCAGUGGUCUUGGGGCAACCCAGAGAUUUGCAGAAGUACCAAAAACCAUUAGGGGAAAAACCCAAAGUGGGAAGAAGCCCCAAAUCAGUCCAGUGUGGUCAGUAGCCAUGAAAUUCUGGCGUUUGGCCCAGGGGAAUGGAAUAGAGUUGCUGAAAUAACAAACAAGCAGCAACAUUGUGUUGCAGCUCACCUGCGCCAUAAUAAACCUCUUCAUCAUUUAAGGUGCCAGAAGUUUACUCUUGUGUGUGUUGUCCACAGAGACUGUAAUCCAAUGCCCACUGCCUUAGGAGUAAGUCUCCCUAAUUCAGGGGGGCUUGCUUCAAAGAAAGCCUUCAUAGGAUUGAUCCAUAACCUAAAUGCCUGUUAUAAUUAACUGUUGAUCGUUAUGAAAACCACACCCCCAUAUUUUAAUGCCGGUGUUUUUCUUUCCUUCCCCUUCUCCCACCUUCCCUGUAGAGCCAUUGUGGAACAUAAAGACAUUGCUUCUAUUCAGUGGAACUGGAAAGUCGGUAUGUGUGCUCUGAAACACCGAAGCAAAUAACCUUGCAGUUGCUUUGCACGUAGCUGUGGGGGUGGGACUCCAUGCUGCUCCUGGAAAGCUGCUCAGACCCUGGUCAAUCCCUAAUAGGGCGAUACUUGUAAUUAGUAAAAGAGGCCCCAGGUUCUCCUAUUCAGUUCCAAAAGCUGUGUGGGUGUCUUGUGAAGAGCCUCUUUGGUUAAGGAAAUCAGCAACUUGGGGUGUGGGGUAAGGAAUCAUGAUGCACGUAUAAAAUCAUGUUUGGAGGAACUGGAUAGAGGUAACCUUCCGUCCUCCCCAUUCCUUGUUCCAUAAUCCUAGAACUUGGAAUCAUCCUGUCAGUUUGAUUGACACAACAGACAUAAAGAGAGUACGGUUCAGAGAGGAUAAGUGUAUCAGUGGCCAUUUGUCACAAUGGCCUGCCCGGAACUUGGAAAUUCAGAACCAAUGUACCUCUCUGAAUAGUAGUUGCCGAAUAAUAACAAGAGUGGAAGGGAACUAUUAUUAUUAUUAUUAUUAUUAUUAUUAAUAAUAAUAAUACAGUGGUACCUUGAGUUAAGAACUUAAUUCAUUCCGGAGGUCUGUCCUUAACCUGAAACUGUUCUUAACCUGAGGCACCACUUUAGCUAAUGGGGCCUCCCGCUUCCGCCGCGCCGCUGGGGCACGAUUUCUGUUCUCAUCCUGAAGCAAAGUCCUUAACCCGAGGUACUAUUUCUGGGUUAGUGGAGUGUGUAACCUGAAGCGUCUGUAACCCGAGGUACCACUGUAGUAGUAGUAGUAGUAGUAGUAGUAAUAAUAAUAAUAAUAAUAAUAAUAAUAAUAAUUUAUACCCCCCCAUCUGGCUGGGUUUCCCCAGCCACUCUGGGCGGCUUCCAACAAAAUAUUAAAAACACAAUAAAAGAUGAAACAUUAAAAACUUCCCUAAACAGAGCUGCCAUCAGAUGUCUUCUAAAAGUCAAAUAGUAGUUCAUUUCCUUGACAUCUGAUGGGAGGGCGUUCCACAGGGUGGGCGCCACAGCCAAGAAGGCCCUCUGCCUGGUUCUCUGUAACCUCACUUCUCGCAGGGAGGGAACCGCCAGAAGGCCCUUGGAGCUGGGCCUCAGUGUCUGGGCUGAAUGAUGGGGGUGGAGACGCUCUUUCAGGUAUACUGGGCUGAGGCUGUUUAGGGCUUUAAAGGUCAGCACCAACACUUAAUUUCUUAAUUUCUGUGUUGGGGCUUCCCAUAGCAGGCAUCUAGUUGGCCAUGCAUGGGAUGUUGGCAUAGUUCGGCCUUUUGUCCAACCAUGGAGUGCUCCUGUCUUAUCAUCUUAUCUCACUGUAGCUGUACGGGUUUAAUGCUCCUGAGAAUACACUGUCCUCCUCUUUCCCACUUUUAUGCUAUUAGCAGCAUUUGGUGCCUUAAAUGUUAAGCCCUUGCCUUGCCUUGCAGUGCUGCUCUUCCUGGCCUUUGCACUGUGCAUGUUCGGACUGUACAGCUUCAUGCCAGUCGUGAUCAAAGUAACCAGCGCUACAUCCGUCAACUUGGGCAUUCUGACCGCUGACCUCUACAGCCUCUUCUUUGGGCUCUUUCUCUUCGACUACAAGGUGAGCAAGUUUUUCAGAUCAAUGACAUUUGGGGCUAAGCUGUGUUCGAGAAUUAUUGCUGUGGCUUAGCAUCUAAACUAGGGCUGUCCGUGCUCUGUGCUAAAAAUAAUUAACAUUCUGCACCCACCCCAGCAAAAUUCUGUCACAGGUAUCAAUUAAGCAUAAUUUCUCUAACUUUGCAUAAUUUAUCUGGCCAUCUGCAUUGUUUUGCCUGGUGGUGGUAGUUGAGGGGAGUGACUAGGAUCUUUGCAGAACACAGAAACCUUGUCUCGUGCCUCCUCUGGCUAAUAAUAAUAAUAAUAAUAAUAAUAAUAAUAAUAAUAAUUUAUUAUUUAUACCCCACCCAUCUGGCUGGGUUUCCCCAGCCACUCUGAGAAGCUUCCACCAAAAAACUAAAAUACAAUAACCUAUUAAACAUUAAAAGCUUCCCUAAAAAGGGCUGCCUCCAGAUGUCUUCUAAAAAUUUGGUAGUUACUUUUCUCUUUGACAUCUGGUGGGAGGGCGUUCCACAGGGCGGGCGCCACUACCGAGAAGGCCCUCUAUCUGGUUCCCUGUAACUUGGCUUCUCGCAGCGAGGGAACUGCCAGAAGGCCCUCGGCGCUGGACCUCAGUAUGUUAUAUCAAUAGGCAUUGCCCACUUAUUUCAAGUAUAUCGUUGCAGGUAUGAGGUCUAGGAACUUGCUUCUAAAACAACACACACACACACACACACACACAAGCGUACUUUUGGGGCAGAAUUUUGUGCUCCAUAUCACAAUGGCAUUUUCUUUCAGCACACUUACAGAAUUGUGGCACGCACAUGCAGGCAUGACUUUAAUUGGCCCUAAUAGUCUCGCUAUAGAUGUGAAUUUAGGGACAAAGUGCACCAUGCAAUUAUCUAUGACAGGAUGAAAGUUAAUUAUACUCGGGUCUGCUGCGUAUGUAGGUUAAUAAUUGCAUGCAAUAUGGUUAACAUGCUCUUUCCUCCCUGACUUCACGGACUGAGCUGCAUGAUGGAAUUGCAAAGGCAAACCCUUCUGAAAUAAGCGAAUCCAUGGGAAACGCAUUAAGUUAAUUAGUGUCGGAACAUUCAGACCUGGCCAAGUCAGCCAGUAGCAGCCUUUGCUUCUAAGACCAAUAAGUUUCUGUGAGGAUUAGGGCAUACUUUCCACACUUCUAAAGCUUCAGUCAGUCACCUGCCCAUCAGCCCGCAGGAUAGCUCAGCCAGUCGAGCAUGAGACUCUUAAUCUCAGGGUUGCUGGUUUGAGCCCCACGCUGGGCAAAAAGAUUUCCUGCAUUUCAGGGGGUUGGAGCAAAUUACCUUCUUGGUCCCUUCCAACUCUGUGAUUCUAUGAUGCUGAUGAAUUUUCAUGCCUCUGCCUGGCUAGCGCAUGCUUUGUAUGCGUAAGGUCCUAGGUUCAGACCCCAACAUUUUCAGGGAGGGCUGGGAAGGCUCGUGCCACAAACCCUGGAGAACAGGCUGCCUGAUAGCACAGACCAGCCUUUCCCAGCUGGUGCCGCCAGAUAUUUUGGGCUACAACUCCCAUCUUCCCUAAUCUUUGGCCAUGCUGGCUGGAGCAGAUACAAACUGUAGUCUGAAACAUCCAGGAGGCCACUGUCAACAAUACUGAGCUAGAUGGACCAGUGGUAUAAGGGCAGCUUCCAGUGUUUCUAUUUAUUGAAUGAUGGGUUCAUUCUAGCAGGCAAGUCUUCAGUGAGGAGUGAACCCACCUGUGUGACUAAUAUGCAUUAGGUGUUCCUUAUAGCUCUUUAGCUAUAAGGCUCCAAUACUUUGGCCACCUCAUGAGAAGAGAAGACUCCCUGGGAAAGACCCUGAUGUUGGGAAAGAUGGAGGGCACAAGGAGAAGGGGACGACAGAGGAUGAGAUGGUUGGACAGUGUUCUCGAAGCUACCAGCAUGAGUUUGACCAAACUACGGGAGGCAGUGGAAGACAGAAGUGCCUGGCGUGCUCUGGUCCAUGGGGUCACAAAGAGUCGGACACGACUAAAUGACUAAACAACAACAACAUAGCUCUUUAGCAACCCUGCUGCCCACAGGAUUAUUUUAUUCAUUUGUUUAUUAAAUUUGAAUACCGUCCUUCCCCCCAAAGAUCUCAGGGCAGUUCACAGUAUAAAAAUGCAAAAUGAAAAUACGUAAUGAAACAAAAUCAAAACACAUAAUUAAAGCAAAAGGGUUUUGUUUUUGCACAUUGUGCCCUUCUGCACAAAUGGCGAUUGUGACCUCUGGUAGUGGCGAUGGGGAUCUAAAUCUACAAGAGCCAGUCCUCAGCACUUUCCCAGCACUCUGUCACUCUCUAACACGACCAAGAGACAGAAGCCAGGCCUAAGGAGACAGGGAGACAGGGAGACAGGCUUAAUUCUAAACGGCUGCGUUCAUCAGGAGCACGGAAUAAAUUUGUGUAGGUUUCCUGAAGUGCAUCUUUUUACUUUUAGCAGGAGAAAAUGUGGCCCCCUAGAUGUAGGGGACCCUGUGAUGUGAGCUGUACUCCAAAAUCGCAGGAGGGCACUACCCUCCCAAUCCCCGCAUUGCAUUCUCCUGUCUUAAUAGAUGGCUGGGAUUCUAAAGAAGAAUAGUUGUUAUGGCCCCAGACCAGGACUCCCAGCAGCAUCCAUUAGCCAAUCACUUUGGCAAGGGAUACCUUAGCUUCUCCCCUAAUUUGGGUGGGUUCCAGCUGGAUGCUACACAACAUGGUGGGAUGAUGAUAAAGUGCCACCUCCACCUUUUGGGUUUGGUGCAGUGGUGCUACUACAGCCAUUUCCUUAUUUGUUGUUGUUGUUGUUGUUGUUUAGUCGUUUAGUUGUGUCCGACUCUUCGUGACCCCAUGGACCAGAGCACGCCAGGCACUUCUGUCUUCCACUGCCUCCUGCAGUUUGGUCAAAAUUUCCUGCUGCUGCUGCUGCUGCUGCUGCUGCUGCUGCUUCUUCUUCUUCUUCUUCUUCUUCUUCUUCUUCUUCUUCUUCUUCUUCUUCUUCUUCUUCUUCUUCUUCUUCACUUGCACUCCUCACAUCGAACUGGGUUGCCCCAGCCACUCUGGGCAGCUUCCAGCACAAUAUAAAAGAACACAAUGAAACAUCAGAUAUGCCAUGGAGACCUUGCCCGUUAUCUCAGAAGUCCCAGAUAACUUGGCGCUGCUUCUGCUGUGCUUGUUCCUACAGUCAGAGAGAAAAGGAGGUCGGGUGGAGUUUUGCUUCAAAGGAUGGCUCCUUUUCUCUGCAAAGGCUAAAGGCUGGCACCAGCAGAUUGACAGUGGGCUAUCCCCUAGGUUAAAAAUAACACCCAGGAGCUAUGAUGAUGAUAAUUGAUUAUAUUUGCACCCUUAGGAGCCCAGAGCAGCAUACAGAGAAAAGAGCCAAAUUAUAGCCUUGAAAAUAUGCAACAUAAUAUCAAUAAAAUAAUUUAAAACACAGAAUUCACGGCACAACACCCAAGGAACAGCCGGCCAUCAGCCACAUUCAGCCUUCUCCAAAGACCUGGACAAACAAGAGGGUCUUUUGCAAUCGACAGAAUACAGGGCCUCCUGGGAAGGGAGAUGUGUUCCUCAUCUCCUGGAGGCUAUGCCCUGUUUCGAGGGAGCAGUGGGUUGGGCCAAGUGUUGAAAAUAGAGGUCCUGUUUUCCUCUUCCCACCUCCCUUCCUGCCCUCCCUUUCCCUUGCUCAGACACUGGUCAUUGCAUCAGCAGUGAACAGUCAGGUGGGCAGUAAGUUUGAGCAGGGGAGCAAAGGGGGUAAAUGUAGCUAUGAUAAAGAGAUAAUAAUUUUCCAUCUCUCCCUGUCCACAGGCCUUUUGGGUUAAGUUGAAAAGGUGCAAGUGAAAAGGUGUUUUGAUGUUGUGGCAUGGUUGUGUUUUACUAUUUUUUUUGGAAGCCUGGCAGCCUGUGGCAUAUAAAUAAUAAAAUCAUUAUUAAUACUAGUAUUAUUAUUAUACCUCUGCCUCCUGCCACCCUUGGGCAAUUUAAAGAGGUGUCCAAGCUAAAGGCAAUUUUUUAAAAAGUAUAUAAACAGGCACCACUGAAACAAUUCUGAAAUACAAACGUACAAUAAAAAUACUUUAAAAAUCAGAACAAUUGGCAACACGGUAGAAAGCAGCAGAAAACGAUGCCAAGCAGAUAAAAGUCCUGUAUUACUGCUCAGUUCAAAGCCACGGCAAAUAAAAUGAGUUUUAAGGUGAUUUUUGUGGCUGCAAGGCAUUUGUCUAUACAGGCAUCCUGAUUCCUCCUCUCUUUUCUAUAUUAUCAGUUUUCAGCACUGUAUAUCCUGGCCUUUGCUGUCAUAAUGGUGGGGUUCAUCAUGUAUUGCUCAACGCCGACCCGCAGUGCAGAGGCCGCCUCGACCAGCUUGCCUCUGGGAUCCAGUACUGGGUUUGACAAUCUUGCCUUAAAAAUUGAAGAGAACCACCUGAAUGUGUCCAUCGUCUCACCUGCACAACACAGCAAGGAAGGAAGCCAGACAGAGGAAGCGCUAGACACAAAACUAACCGUCUUGUGA